AUGCCGUUUGGACUCAAGAACGCUGGUGCAACAUAUCAACGGUUGGUAACCACGAUGUUCAAAGAUCAGUUUGGAAAAACUAUGGAAGUAUAUAUUGACGUUAUGGUGGUAAAAUCGGAAAGAGCUGAAGAUUACCUGAUUCAUUUAAAAGAAGCCUUUGCAAUACUAAGGCAAUUUAACAUGAAGCUGAACCCAGAAAAAUGUGUAUUUGGUGUAUCAUCCGGAAAGUUCUUGGGAUCCAUGGUUUCAAAGCGAGGAAUAGAGAUAAAUCCAAACCAGAUAAAUGCUAUAGAAAACAUUCCAGAUAAUCUUAGCAGCAUAAAGGAGGUGCAAAGUUUAAAGCUUGCUUUAGAGUACAAAGCGGAAAGCAUCAAAGUACACUGUGAUUCGCAAUUGGUGGUUAACCAGGUUCCACGGGAAAGCAAUGCCGAGGCCGGUGGAUUAGCAAAGCUAGCAUCAACUGCUGAUCCCGCAGAGCCGGGGAGCUGGAGUGUGAUCCAUUUAUUACAUCCAAUUAGUAGCGAAAUUGAAAUACGAGCAACAAGAUCAACACAUAAUUGGAGAAAUGAGAUACUUGAUUAUUUGCAACAAGGGACUUUGCCCUUAGAUAAAAAAGAAGCGCGAAAAUUACAGGUAAAAGCUUCUAGAUACUGCCUAGUUUAUGGAGAACUAUAUCGAAGAACCUUUGGAGGACCACUCGCCAAGUGUUUAGUCCCAACAUAG